UGGAUUCGUUGAAACUGUUCAAAAUCUGCUCGAAAUCGGGGGAUUUGGGAAUGGCGGACAUCCGUAAAUUAGGAGACGAUCCGUGGGUGUAUUUGAAAGACAAGAAUCCGACGAUGGGAAACACGAGCCGACGAGGAGGUGGAAAUAUCAAAAUUAGCUGUUUCAAAAAUCAAGUGUUGGUGGGAAGAGAAGGAGAGUUGGAAGUUUGGUCGAGAAUGGAAGGAGGAGAAAAUGGCGUGGAAGAAUUGAAAGGGACUGUCGACGAUUUAUACCGUAGGAAUUAUAUGGACAAGGCGGAGGAUUCAGAGCGAGGGAUUAUAGAGAAAAUUGAAGGCGGCGGCGAUAGGCUGUUUGUUUCCCGGGAAAAUGUCGAAGGAAUUGAGGUUUGGGAAACCUCCAGAUCUUCCGGCGUCGUUUCAAUUUUAUGACUCAGAAACUCCUUAUUGGUCUGUGUUUAGCGACGAUUUUCAUUGUUAUUGGGCCUUAAUUGGGCCCUUAUUCUAGUUGAGAUCAAUAAUUUAUGGGCCUGCCAUUGAACAUUUG